AUGAAGGAGCUGUGGGACUGGACCGUGCAAAACUUUGCCUCGGCCGACAAGAUGUCAUCACCACUCCAGGGGGCGACGUUCAAGUUCAUAGCCGAUUGGGUACAGCCCAAGCGAGUCCUCGAGAUCGGCUGCUUCACCGGCUUCAGCGCCAUGGCGUGGUACGAGGCGACCGUCGGGACGCGGGCCGACAUCACCACGCUCGAGCUCGACGCCAACAUGAUCCGCGCGUCCAGGCGCACCAUCGACCACUUUGGCCUCGGCGACCGGGUCAGGCUGCUCGAGGGGCCCGCGGCGGAGUCGAUCGAGACGCUGACGGACCAGUUCGAUUUGGUCUUUGUGGACGCCAACAAGGACGGCUAUGAGGGUUACGUCAAGCAGAUACUGGACCGGGGGCUGCUGUCGACGAGGGGGCUGAUACUUUGCGACAAUGUCUUUGCUCGCGGCAUGACCAUCGUCCCAGAGUCCAAUCCCGAACUCCAAGGAUCACAGAGGACCUACUGGACCGAGAAUGGGAAAGCCCUGGAUGGGUUCUGCAAGUUCUGCAAGGCUGAUCCGCGAAUCGACGUGAUUCUGCUGCCUGUUUAUGAUGGGCUCACUCUCAUCAAGCUGAAGUCGUCUUGACAAGAGGUUCUGGCUCGGACUUUGGUUUGCCCGCUUUUCAGCACGACCUGGUCGCUUACAAAUGAGGUCCAAAAGGUGACAAUGAGAAU